AUGAUUACAUUAAGUAACAAAUUCUAUAGAGAACAUGAUGGUUCCACGGCAAAAAAUACAAAGACCCCCAUAACCACGAGCUUGACAAUUGAUCAAGUCCUAGAAAAUGAGAGUGAGGUUAAACUUGGCGGUAAAGUUAAAACAAAAUUACACCUUUUCAGGCUGGCAAGAUUAGUUAAGCAGAUUCCCACUAGCCCGCCCAGUUUUACUACUCAUUCGAGAUGUGCACCUGCUUCUGCCUCCACAUCUAACGGCAGUAGCGUUAUCACCUCACCACAGCCAGAUCGGGUGUCAAAUGCCGAUAAUAUAUCCAGUCAAACAAACCACCCUCCCCCAUCAUCACUAGACGACAUCCAGAUUCCUGCCGUGCCAUGUGCUCCUAGUACCGGAAUUAACAUUUACCGAUCAGCGCCUAGUCCCCUGCCAAUCUUUCGGUCUUUAAAAGCAGGCAGGAAUAAGGAAGAUCGACCCACCUCCUCGGACACAAAGUACUACCAACAACCGAACUCAUAUCCAGGAAAGUUCAACAGACAACAAUCGGACCAUACGGUCCAGCGGUCUAUAGAUAGUGUAACUUGCGCAAAAACGGCAAAACAUUGCUCGACUAAAGAAGAACUGGACGUUUUGGGCUGCAGCUCUCAUAAUCGUAUAGGUGCAGACGACUGUAUAAUCUGUACUUGUACACUGGUGACGUCCCGCAGCUGCGGCACAACCAACCCAGAUCAUAAUGUAUCCCGUCUGGACACCCAGAGUAAUAUUGUGAACAACAACAAAAACACGACUUUUAAUUCGAACAACAAUUCAGUAAACAGAAAUAGUGAUAAAGAUAAGCAACAAAAUCCCAAAACUUUAUUGGAGUUUACAGAACGAAAAUCUGCCGACACUUUUCCAUCAUCGCAUCCGACCCUUUAUAAUUUCCCCAUCAAACCGACAGUAGACACAUCCAAAGUUCAUGGUUCUCCAAAUAGCUCUGUAGCCGUUGGGAAUCCUAUCCAGACAAUGACCAGUGUCGGUAAAGGAGGAUUCCUGCUGUCAUCAGGACCACUCAAACGAGGAUCGAGAAAAGGGAGCGGUCUAGGCUCUGGCUCUGGUAGUACGACGAAAACUGCCAGUUCUACCGGUUUCCAAGUUCCUACAUCCUCUUCAAAUGAUGUCGGAAGCAUAGGUACGGGAUCUUCAGGUACUACGUUGCCGCCUUCUUCGCCUCCUCAACCGUCGUCACCGAACGCAGGGUCGAGGCCAGAAUCAAAAUCACUUCAAAGGUCUAAAGACACUGCCAGGAUGGCUGCAUUGCUAAUGAAUUUGAGGUAUGCUGAUGAAACUUCGAAUAUAAGCGACUAUGGUACUACCUUACCUACUGAUACGAGGGUAACAGGAUCACCACUCACAUCUAAUGGCAAAUUGAUGGCGAGUUCAUUGGCGCCUAGUAACUCGCAUGUUCCAAAGGGUGCACCGUUACCACUAUUGGAUACUAGCUUCGGCAGUAGUCAUAUGUCACAUCCAGGGAGUUCAUCACCAAUAAGUAAUGCUAAUCUAGAUUCAGUGACAGGAUCAAAUCAUCCACCAUCCCCGACGGUUAUCUCUUCGACUACAAGAGCCCGAGCAAUUCGUGCAAAGGCUAGAUUAGAACUGCAAUACGAAAUGAUUUCUGAGUAUCAAACAGGAAGGAGAAGAAACGUAAUGCACUUUCCUGAAGAACCAGAUGAGAACAAGCAUGAUGUAGAGUCUUCUGAUCAUGUAAAAACAUCUGAAAAUGACAAUAAUGUGCCUUCAUUGGGUGACCGGGUGAAAGAGAAAUACACAUAUAAUCCACUGCAAGUCAUCCGCAAUAGAGUAGCUAAGAAGGAGCAAGGAAAUGGAUACCUUCACUAUAUUGUCAAUAAUACCGCCUGGAACUUUUAUUGGCAUGUGGAUGUUUCAGAACUAGUCAGCGAUUAUGCUUGGAGAAUUAGGUACGGUGGUAAUAUGCGAGAUAGGGAAGGGAAAUUACUCUAUCCUGACAGAUACAAACCUGACAUUCGUCAAGAUCAGGAUAAUGACACUUCAGGGGCUAAUACUAGCGGCACCGGUGUGUCGGAUCCGAAUAAUCUAUCCACGAGUGCUUCAAAAGGCGAGGAGCUUAUACAGCGAAUCAAGUCCAAGCUUUCUUCUAGGCCACCAUCAGGCAUCAAUUCUAAUGAAAAUUCCGAUAGUAGUUGGUCACGGUCUGAUAUAAGCGAUCUAGAGGACAAUAGGGCUAAUCAUAGGCGAGAAAACAGACAGUCGACAUCAUCAUCUCGUCGAAACUCGGAAUCUCCAACACGUAAAGUCCCUUUUGAAAGCGUUAAUAACAAAGGCCGGUAUUCAACAAGUGCUUCUCAACGAAAGCUCUCUAUUUCUAAUGUUCCCCUUGCUGUUGACGAAACAGCAGCUGAUGAUUCUCUACUCUUGGAACCAACCAAAAAUUUUGCCGAAGCUGAUCAGUCCGCCUUGACGGCGAAGCGUGUAACACCCACCAGCGUAUCCUCAACAUCGCUACCAUCCGAACAGCAACAAGACAAGCUCGCAUACUACGCAAACGAACUGCGAUAUCUUGACAUGGUGUAUGAGCUAAGUUAUUUGCAGAUAUCGAGAAAACCCUAUUGGUAUGUUGAGAAUUUGAACCAAGAUACUGCCGAAAGUAUGUCAACAGAAAUGAUGGCGCUUACAAAACAAUUUGAAGGUGAGCUGAUUCCAAAAGAACGCCAAUACCUUGCGAACACAGAGCAGGAAAUGAGAAAGCUCCAAUUUGACCUGACGCAAGACUAUGGCAGUAGACUAGACUCUGUUUUAUUGGACUCUGACAGAAUUUUAAACGAGGUCAAUACCUCGCUCAGCCUUGAAAUAAGAAAAGUUGGCAUGAGACUAGACAAACUAGAGGCAAACGCUCCAACCUUGCAGUGGAUGUGGAAGCUUGCAUAUAUGUUGUUAGAAUGGCUGCUGGUAGCAUUCAUGUGGCUGGCAUGGGGUGUAGUUGUCGGAAUGAGACAGUUGCGACGGUUAGUUGCAUUAGUGUACGGUAUUGUAAAGUGGCUUCUAUGGUGUUCAUAG